CAUCUGUGAUCCAGUAAGAUAGGAGAAACCAUGGGAGAAGAGGGAGUGAAGCUUUAUGGGAAUAUCCUGAGUCCCUUCGUCCUUCGGGUGGAAUGGGCUCUCCAGCUGAAAGGCAUCAAAUAUGAGUAUGUGAAUGAGGACUUGCUCAACAAGAGCCCCCAGCUCCUUCAGUACAACCCAGUCCACAAGAUGGUCCUGUGCUCGUCCACAACGUGCUUGCAUGGCAGUUUUGAUGUCUUCUCCAAGGUGGGGGAGGAGCAGCUGAGGGCAGUGAAGGAGAUGCAGGAGAGCCUUAAAACUCUGGAGGGACAUCUUGAGGGAAAGAAGUUUUUUGGAGGUGAAACAAUAGGGUUUGUAGACAUCAUUGCAGGUUGGAUGGCAACUUUGCUUGGAAUCAUUGAAGAGAUCAUUGGGAUCAAGAUCAUCAAUGAACAGGACCUGCCUCUGAUCAGUGCCUGGAUCAAACACUUCUUGGAUCACAACCUGGUGAAAGAAACCAUGCCCCCUCAAGAAAAAGUCAUGGCACAUAUGAGAGCCAUCCGAGAGAAUGUGUUAUCCACUAUGUCUGCUUAGACAGAUGAACUCUUCCAAUAUGCUGGGCAAUUUAUACA